CGACUCAAGACUGCCCUAGCAACCCGGUGGAUGAGCCAACCAUAACCGUGUAAACCUCGAGACUCUGCCGCUACUGGGGACAGGAAACGACAGAGAUCAGAGAGAGCUGCGGAACAGUGUGGCUGGCUGGCGGUACAAUACAGCGUUAUAACAAGUAUGGUACUUGGUAUGGUACGUAUGGUACUUUCAAGGCACGGUAGCGGGAAUGGAGGAUUUGUGGAAUGACGAUUUGAACACUGGGACAGGUUCGGCGUGAGCGGCAAGCUUUGAUGUUACAGUGGAACACACUGUAGAUGUAGGCUAAUUUGUAUAGUUGUUUAUGUUACAUUGUGUUGUCACUUUCGUUGGCAAAGUUGACAUUUGUAGCUUUCAUUCAAAUUCCUAUUUUAGGAGACUUCAAAUCUGUGUUUGAUGCAUUUAUUCUAAAUGGAUAUAAAUGGAUAGAGUUCCCAGAUAUGAAUUAUGACUGAUAAUAUAAGGCCAUCCACUGGAUGAACUGUCAAAGAACACCAGAUUCAACUUGACUCGCUUCUUUGCUACUUUAAUUCGUGCGUCACACAGCUCAAAUCUUGAGUUGGAAGAGAAAUAAAAGUGAUUGAACAGUCUUGUACAAGUUGUUCCAUGAUGGAACAUAAUCAUUCUUCACCGCGAGGAUGAACCACAGAACCAGCCCCGUCAAGGCUUACGAUUUUCUGCUUAAGUUUCUCCUGGUGGGAGACAGCGAUGUGGGAAAGGGGGAGAUACUGGCGAGCCUCCAGGACGGAGCCAGCGAGUCUCCGUAUGGCUACAACAUGGGAAUCGACUACAAGACGACAACGAUACUCCUAGACGGAAGAAGAGUCAAGCUGCAGCUCUGGGACACCUCUGGCCAGGGGCGCUUCUGCACCAUCUUCCGCUCUUACUCCAGAGGAGCGCAGGGUGUGAUCUUGGUCUAUGACAUCACCAACCGAUGGUCGUUUGAUGGUAUUGACAGAUGGAUUAAGGAGAUAGAUGAGCAUGCACCGGGAGUGCCUAAGAUCCUGGUGGGGAACCGGUUACACCUGGCCUACAAACGCCAGGUGACCACAGAGCAGGCCCAGGUGUACGCCGAGAGGUUAGGGGUCACCUUCUUUGAGGUCAGCCCGCUGUGCAACUUUAAUAUCACAGAGUCCUUCACAGAGCUGGCCAGGAUAGUCUUAAUGAGGCAUGGCAUGGAGAGACUCUGGAGGCCUAUCAAAGUUUUGAGUCUUCAGGACCUGUGCUGUCGUUCCAUCGUGUCCUGCACCCCUGUCCACCUUGUUGACAAGCUUCCUCUCCCCCUGGCUCUCAAGUCCCACCUCAAGUCUUUCUCCAUGGCCAACGGCCUCAAUGCCCGCAUGAUGCACGGACGGUCCUACUCCGUCACCACCACUGCUGCCAACACCACCCACAUCGCCACCAAGAGGACCGGAUGCCAGCUGCUGAAAAAGAAAAAACUCUUCCGUCCUCCGCCGCUCAGCCCGGCGGCCGAACAGAGCUGCACUGGCAAGAGCUGCAAGAUCUCCUAGCAACCAGUUGAAACAGGAAGAGGAAGUCCUUGGGGAAGAAGGUUGUCAUCACAUGAACAGGAAGUUGGUGUUGAUCACUAGUGCAGCCAAAGAUGGUGGAUAAAUUAAGAUGAACACCGAGGCUGUUUACAGGGACUGGAUGUUCUAGGCCUCCAGACGCACAACAGUCUCCCACAGGCACUCACAGGAGCUCCAUGGUGGGACAAAGAUGGGGAAGGAACAUGUCACGCUCAGAGAUUUUGGAUUAGCGCUAUGGGUCACUGACCAUGGAACCAGAAGGAAGUUUUGAUGCCAGAUCAUAUGUGAGCCAUAUGACUAUAUUUCAAUUACUUUUUAAAUUAAUUUGGUCAUUUGUAUUUCACCGGCCUGAACUACAAUAUAAUGUAUUUUGUAACAAGAUACUUUCGAGACCUGUAAUUUGUAUUUUCAAAAUAUAAAAUACAUUUCUAUACCAUUUUUUUUAUAGUGGUUCACAAUUUCGUGGCCUCCUUUCACCCUGCAUUGGUAUCAGAAGUCUGAUGGCAGUAUGGUGUGAUAAGAGUAUUAUUAUUAUUGGGUAUUAUUCUAAUGAGCUCCGUCCCUGAAACGAGGCCAAUAAUAAUAAUAAUACCCGGUGUACUUUGCAAUUGUUUAUUUUUACAUUUACAUUUUGGUCAUUUAGCAUUCAACUAAGGUAGAUAAACAACCACAUAUCACAUCAAUGGUAAAAGUUUUUUUUUGUUACAGUUACUGAGAAUGUUGUUGUAGUGAAGGCGUAUACUUGCAAAUAUAUUUUGUAUUUUAGUUUGAUACAUUGGUCUUUAGAGUAUCUUGUAUUUAGAACAAUAAACAUUUGAUGUAUCUUUUGCCCAUCUCUGAUUGUGCAUAAUAUGUUUCCAGAAAAACGAUGAACAUAUGUACUAUGUAAAAAAUACAGUACUAAAUAGUACUAUUGUGUACAAUAUUUGUGGAUGAUCUGUGGUCCUCUUUGCACUGUUUUCUCACCCACUGCAAUCAAUGACACAAAGCAUUCAAAUUAGUUUUAAUCCUGUAGUCUAAUUUAACGAUGAAAGAAAUGUUACUGGACUGGUCUUAUAAAUGGUCUACUACACACCUCUGCCUUUAAAAGCAUACUGGACAAAGCCUUUUUAAGAUCUAGCUACUUGUUUUACACAUACUUUUUACAGCAAAAUACUAUUUCUGCCGAAGUCAUCUGGAACUUCAAGUCUGCAAUUCUAUGGAGAAACCAUUUGUGUAGUGAAUUUGUAUGAUAUGUACAGUUAUGACAAUGUUGUUUGAUACAAUGUAUUUUUUCUGUUAUUUGGGUUUGUAUUCAUUUCCAAGUAUACAGUGACAGAGAUUAUACUAUUUCAGAUAGUGACACCAACACCAAAGACUUAGUAGACUGAGGACGUUACUGAACGAACAAGGGUUUUGUACAGUAAAUAUCACCACACGGAUUUACAAUAAACUUCACAAACAGGAA